CUAAUUGUUUUUGGUGUCAUACAACACUUGUGUUAAUUCUUCUUGUUUUCAAUAAUAAAUUAUUUUUGUUUUAUAUAAAACGCCAGCGAGUUCACGCAUGCGCAGUAUAAUUAACUCGCGCAGAGGCGAAAGCUAGCAUAGCGCGUUUAGCCUUAGAGCUAAGUUGGUAGGAGCUCUCGCGACCUUUUUUUUUAUUAAUUAUUUUUUCUCUCCACACACAAACAACUGAAAUUGACCUCAACGAUGAAUACAUCAAGUUUCAAAUCAAGCGGUAAUGCAGAAGGACCCGAUAAAGUUGACAUGUCUCUCGAUGACAUUAUCCGGUUAAAUAAGAAGCAGAAGCAGAUCCAGGGUCAGAAGGUGACGCUGAGGAAGCAGAGGCUCGGUGUGAGAGGACGAUUAGCGCCGGGGAGACGAGCAGGAGCGCCACUGCACCGAGGAGGCGGAGUGAAUAAGCUGUUCCGGCGGCGUGGACAGGGCGUGAUCACCGGCCUCGCAGCAAGGAAAGCGGCCUUGCUUAAAGGCGUCAGUCCGUUAAACCGACCCGUGCUGAACCGGGCUAACCUGAACAAACACGGCAUUAACCGAGCUUCAGUGAAACGCACUGCUCUCUUUCAGAGAACUAGGCCAUUUGUUUCGCCGCACAGACACGCGCUCGCACACGUGCAGAUGCAGAGGCGGCCGUAUAUGCUGGCGGACACCCAGAAAGCUCCGGGUCGAGUCUCUAACGGACCCUUCAGAUUGCGCAGGAAAUGGAACGCUCCUCCGGUGAACGAGUCACAGAGGGAGGCCCGCCAGGCUAUGUUCCUCUCCAGAAGAGGCCUGAAGGUUCGUGCUCACGUGCAGAAGACGGCGCCGAUCCAAGCAGCUCAGAGAACACGGAGAACCCGACCGUGGCGCAGUCCUCAGAACAACAGCGGCAUUCUCACUGUGUCCAUAGAUAACCCCGGAGCCAGAACUCAGCCUGAACCCGCCCACUCCUGGUCGCUCCACCCACCCACAGUGACUCCACCCCCUCAGAACACAGCACCAGAGCCUGAGAGGAAAAAACCCAAAGGGGUGCCGCUGCAGUUUGACAUCAACAGCGUGGGAAAACAGACGGCCAUGACGCUUAACGAGCGCUUCCGCAUCCUGAAAAUGAAGCGCAUGGCGGCGGUGCAGCAGAACGCCAGAGGUGGCCGCUUCGUCACCGUGGGCUAGCACCCGGCUCGGAGAGCCAAUUACAAAAGCUUGCCGAGGUCACAUGACUCCCGUGGCACCUCUUGCAGCACGGACGGCUGCUCCAACGCUGUUUGAACAGACUUUCCUUGUCUGAAGUGACUAUUGUUUUUGCCCCCCCCAAGGUCGGAAUACGGAUUUGACGGGAAUUCUUUCCAUAAUUUGCGUCCUGCGUUUGCCAUUUUCAGUGACGGUCCCUUUUUUCCCCCAAAGCCGGAGUCCCUAUGUUUUUCUUAUUCAUGUCUUUUUACGUUAAGCAACCUUUUUUUUAAAAAAAAAUGUUUUAUGACCUGCCAGGAGUUAGUGCAUAUUGACUUUUUUGUUGUUGUUGUUGAACAGUUGGGUGUUUUAAACAUUUUUUAAAAAUAUAAAAAAUAAAUAAACACCUUGUUGUGAUAAAUAUUUGUAGUGGUGUUAAUGUAUCAGGAUGAUAAUGUUAGUGGAUUUAUCAGUUCUUUGACUUUUCGUAAUUGAAUCAAUACUGCAAAAAUCCAGCUAACUGGAUACCCGGUAAUAUUCCUAAAUUAACCAGCUGAAAAGAAAUAUUGCGUUUAUAUAAUUUAAGAAAACAGUGCUUUUGUCUUUGCUCUUAUUGAUCACAUUUUUAUGGAUCAGCUGAUUAAGGCUUUCAGCAUUCACCAUAAAGACUUAUAAUAAUCCUAAAUCUUUUUAUUCGGGAUUGGCAAAUUCAAUUUAGGAUUUAAGAAUCAGUCCUUUCUGAAACGGAACCCUGGUCACCUUCACAAAAUGUUUAAACAAACAAACAAAAAAUCCCAAAGUUAAUUUGUAAAGUUGUAGCUGUUGAAGUUUGCCUCCGUACAAGUAGGGAGCACUUAAAUGCAGAUUUGUAGGCGGUACAAACCUAAUGGAAAACAAGACUAAACGAGCAAAGUGUUGCUUGUUGCAAUCUACAAUUAUAAAUGAACUACUAUAAUAAGUAAGAUACUAUAAUAAAUGUUGGGUAGUAUUAUUAUGAGGUAUUAUAAUAAAUUAUUCAAUGAAAUGAGGUAUUAUAAUGAGUUAUAAUAAAUGUUGAGCGGUAUUGUAAUACAUGAGAAUGUAAUGAGGUAUUGCAAGAAAUGAGGUAAAGUACUUUUAUAAAUAUGAGGUAACAAUGAGGUACUAUAAUGUAUUACAAUGAGGUAAUUAUAAUGAGGUACUAUAACAAAUACGAUGUUAUGAGGUACUAUAAUAAAUGAGGUACUAUAAUGAUGUAUUAUAAUAUGAGGUAAUUAUGAGGUACUAUAAUAAAUGAGGUAAUGAGAUAUAAUAAAUAUGAUGUUAUGAGGUACUAUAAUAAAUGAAGUACUAUAAUAAAUAUGAGGUAAUGUAAUAAAUAAAAGAUCUCAUUUGAUUAACAAGCAGUCUCAGGGAAUAAAAAAAACCCUGCAGUGUCAGGACUUUGAAUAUUGCAUUUAUUUAAAUACAUUAAAUUUGUUUUUGCAAUGUAACAAAACUAUUGGCAUAUGAAACUCCAACACCAUUUAAAGGAACAAAAACAUGGCUCACUUCAUAUUUUUUCCCCCACUGGCUAGUGUGCAGAAAGAACACUAGUCUGCCCCCCCCCCUUCCCCCAGUCUCUCCCCCCUCCCCCCUCCCCCCAUCAUGACAUUGUUCACAGCCUGCUAUCUCACAACCAGAAUACAAACAUGAGGUAUGGAAGUGGUUCGACAUAAAAAAGAAAGAAAAUACUAGAACAUGCAAGAACAUGCUAAAAAGCGACAACAAUUGUGAACAAUAACAAAAUGUGCAUUAAAAAAAAAAAAAAAAAUUACACUGCCUUGCAUCUUUGGUUACAAA